ACGGCAUCAUGCCCGUCCGGCGCGGCCACGUCGCCCCCCAGAACACCUUCCUCGACACCAUCAUCCGCAAGUUCGAGGGGCAGAGCCGCAAGUUUAUCAUUGCCAACGCGCGGGUGGAGAACUGCGCCAUCAUCUACUGCAACGAUGGCUUCUGCGACCUCUGUGGCUACACGCGGGCGGAGGUCAUGCAGAAGCCGUGCACCUGUGACUUCCUGUACGGGCCACGCACCCAGAAGAGCUCCACGGCGCAAAUUGCCCAGGCCCUCCUGGGCUCCGAGGAGCGCAAGGUGGAGAUCUGCUUCUACCGGAAAGAUGGGAGCUGCUUCCUGUGCCUGGUUGAUGUGGUGCCCGUGAAGAACGAGGAUGGGGCCGUCAUAAUGUUCAUCCUCAACUUUGAGGUGGUGAUGGAGAGGGACCUGCUGACCAGCCCGGUCAAGAACACCAACCACUGGGUCUCACCGGCAGCCUGGCUCCCCACAGGCCGUGGCAAGUCCUUCCGGCUGAAGCUGCCUGCGUUGCUGGCCUUGGCCGGCAGCAAGCAGUCGCUGCCGCAGGAUGACCCCGACGAAGAGGGGGUGGUGGAUCUUUCCAAGCAGAGCAGCGAGUCGGUGGCCCUGGACGAGGUCCCCUCCUCCUCCCUGGACAACAACUGCCUGGGCUGUGGGGAGCCGGAAGACCGGCAGGCCUUGAUGGAGCGCGAGGGGGGCCGGGAGUCGGAGCCCCCCGUCACCCACUCCUCGCCCCGGGUGGACAAGGCCCGCCUCAACCUGGACACCUCCUUCUCCAACUGCAGCCUGACCCGCAGCCGCUCCCGCGAGAGCUUCUUCAGCGUGCGCCGAGCAUCCUCCGUGGACGACAUAGAGGCCAUGAAGGCCGAGGGCGAGAAGGGGCGGGGCCAGAGCCGCCACGCCAGCACAGGUGCCGUGAACCACGCCCGGAGCCACCUGCUGAACUCCACCUCCGACUCGGACCUCAUGCGCUACCGGGCCAUCAGCAAGAUCCCCCAGAUCACCCUCAACUUUGUGGACUUCAAGGCCGAGGCCUUCCUCACCUCCCAGUCCAGCGAGAAGGAGAUCAUCGCGCCCAGCAAGAUCAAGGACCGCACCCACCACGUCACCGAAAAGGUCACGCAGGUCCUGUCGCUGGGCGCGGACGUCCUUCCGGAAUACAAGCUGCAGGCCCCUCGCAUCCACAAAUGGACCAUUCUCCAUUACAGCCCCUUCAAGGCGGUCUGGGAUUGGCUGAUCCUGCUGCUGGUCAUCUACACGGCCAUCUUCACCCCUUACUCGGCAGCCUUCCUGCUCAACGACGAAGACGAGGUGCAGCGGCGAGCCUACUCCUGCUACUCCUGCAGCCCCCUCAACGUGGUGGACCUCAUCGUGGACAUCAUGUUCAUCAUCGACAUCCUGAUCAACUUCCGGACCACCUACGUCAACUCCAAUGAGGAGGUGGUCAGCCACCCGGCCAAGAUCGCCAUCCACUACUUCAAGGGCUGGUUCCUGAUCGACAUGGUCGCCGCCAUCCCCUUUGACCUGCUGAUUUUCGGCUCUGGAUCAGAGGAGACCACCACCCUGAUCGGGCUCCUGAAGACGGCACGGCUGCUGAGGCUGGUGCGCGUCGCCCGCAAGCUGGACCGCUACUCGGAGUACGGGGCGGCGGUGCUGUUCCUGCUGAUGUGCACCUUUGCCCUGAUCGCCCACUGGCUGGCCUGCAUCUGGUACGCCAUCGGGAACGUGGAGGGGGAGACCAUCGGCUGGCUGCACUCGCUGGGCAGCCAGAUCGGCAAGCCCUUCAACGACACCAACCCCCACCACGGGCCCUCCAUCAAGGACAAGUACGUCACCGCCCUCUACUUCACCUUCAGCAGCCUCACCAGCGUCGGCUUCGGGAACGUCUCCCCCAACACCAACCCGGAAAAGAUCUUCUCCAUCUGCGUCAUGCUCAUUGGCUCCCUGAUGUACGCCAGCAUCUUCGGAAACGUCUCGGCCAUCAUCCAGCGGCUCUACUCGGGGACGGCCCGCUACCACACCCAGAUGCUGCGCGUGCGGGAGUUCAUCCGCUUCCACCAGAUCCCCAACCCACUGCGGCAGCGUUUGGAGGAGUAUUUCCAGCACGCCUGGUCCUACACCAACGGCAUCGACAUGAAUGCGGUGCUGAAGGGCUUCCCGGAGUGCCUGCAAGCCGACAUCUGCCUGCACCUCAACCGGACCCUGCUGCAGAACUGCAAGCCCUUCAAGGGGGCCAGCAAGGGCUGCCUGCGGGCCCUGGCCAUGAAGUUCAAGACCACCCACGCGCCCCCCGGGGACACGCUGGUCCACGCGGGCGAUGUCCUCACCGCCCUCUACUUCAUCUCCCGCGGCUCCAUCGAGAUCCUGCGUGGCGACGUGGUGGUGGCCAUCCUGGGGAAAAACGACAUAUUUGGGGAGCCCCUCAACCUGUACGCCCGCCCGGGCAAGUCCAACGCAGAUGUGCGAGCGCUGACCUACUGUGAUCUGCACAAGAUCCACCGGGAAGACUUGCUGGAGGUCCUGGACAUGUACCCGGAGUUCUCCGACCACUUCUGGUCCAACCUGGAGAUUACCUUCAACCUGCGAGAUACGAACAUGAUCCCUGGCUCCCCGAGCAGUGAGGAAAUAAAUGGCGGCUUCAACCGGCUGCGCCGCCGCAAACUCUCCUUCCGCCGCCGCACCGAGAAAGACGAGGCAACUGCAGGAGAGCUGAAAGCCCAGCACAGGGCCCUGCCGGGGGGCCAGAACUGCCAAGGCACCGCCCCCCGUGGCCCGCCCAGGUGGGACCCCUGCCUCAGCAGCUCAGUGGCAUCCAGCCCCCGCUCCAGCGACGAGGAGGAGGCCCCCAUCGCUGCCUCCAACGCUGCGCAGCUCUCGCCUUCCUGCCCCACGGCGGAAACCCCUUCCCCCACAGCGACGGAGCGCAGAGCCAGUGACACCUGCAACCCUCUUUCAGGGGCCUUCUCUGGUGUGUCCAACAUCUUCAGCUUCUGGGGCGAAAGCCGAGAGCGCCAGUACCAGGAGCUGCCACGCUGCCCCGUUCCUGCCCACACAACCCUCAAUAUCCCCCUGGUCAGCAGCUCCGGGGGCCGACGCCAUCGCUGUGAGCUGGAGAGCCGCCUGGACCUGCUGCAGAAGCAGCUGAACAGGCUGGAAGCCCGCCUGACGGCUGACGUGGGAGCCGUGAUGCAGCUGCUGCAGCGGCAAGCGGUCCUGGUGCCACCGGCCUACAGCACCGUCUCGUCUCCACUGCCACCGCUCGGCCCAGAGUCCGCCCCAGGAGCGUGCCCCCUUCCUGCCACCCCCAUCCAAGCCCAGGCGCUCUGGCUCCCCGUUCAGGUCCCUGGCUUCCCGGCGCCACCGGUGAAUCCCGCCCAUCCCAGCGACGUGGUGGUGCUGGUGGAGCCGUCCCUGCUGCCGCCUCGCCGCCUUUCGCUCCCGGAACAGCUGGCCCCGGCCUGCCUGGACUCUUCCACGGACUUGCAGAGACACGGCUCGGACCCUGGCAGUUAA